AGGACAUAAACAGAUGGGGUAUCACUGUCCCAGCUGAAGCCAUUCAGUUGCCACUUACGACAGUGCCAAGUCCAGAACUGAUGGGCAAAUAAUCUCUCAUAUUGGAAGUGACCUUGACAUCUUUGACCAUGCCCACCAAAAUCAAGAAAUCAAGGUCCCAGAGUUCUCGGCCCGCCAAGAAGACUGGGAGUCCAAAAACACCCAAAAAGAAGUCCUCUAGUGCCAAAUCCACCAAGACAGAGGUGGACAUCCUCAGCCCAGCAGCCAUGGAGAAUGUCUACUACAUUUCCCACAAUGCAGUGGACUGUCUGGAGUUCAGAGGCUUUGGGUGGCCACAUUCAAACAAGAAGAAGAAAAAGAAGAAGGGGACAAAACGGAAGAAGAAAAAGUAAAUUAUACAAUUUAUUUUUGCCAAACCAAAGUGAAUUUUUUCUUUUUUUCUGGUAAUGAGUUACAUUUAAAUGUUUUGCAAAUGGCGCCAUCUUAUGGACACAAUUGAGAUUACACAACCUAAAUAUAUCAAGUUUUGACUGCUGGAGUGCAAUGCAGCAAAUAUGGGUCUCUAUCUUUGUGUUUCUUCCCACAAAUUCAUACAGGAGCUCAAAACUGUAAAGCUUAACUUCAUU